AGCUGGAUGUGCACAACACUGCGGAGACAUGAGUAAUCUGUGCGCUGUGGUUCUGCUGGUCCUGAUCCAUCUGUACUGUGGCGUCUGCUGUCCUGAGCCCUGCCAGUGCUUCUCCGGCUCCAAACUGGUCUGUUCUGAUGACAGGAUGAAGAGUUUACCUGUGAACAUCUCCACGCAGGUGCGAGAGCUGAUCGUGGUGGCCUCGGGGAUCCCAGAUCUGGACCAGCAGUCGUUUCCGGAGACCCUCAGACUCUCGAAGCUGGUGUUUCUGAACGGCAUGUUGAAAAGUGUGUCCGGCGAGGCCUUCGAGCGUCUGGUAGAGCUGCGGGAGCUGGAGAUCAGCGGGAACAUCUGCUGGAUGAGCCUCGAUAUUCAGACCUUCAGCUCGCUGACCAAUCUGACCCGACUCCUGCUCAACAAUAAUAAGCUGAGCGGUGUGGACGCGGGUCUGUUCCACUCUCUGCACCAGCUGGAGAUGCUGCAGCUCAGAGGGAACGGCUUGUCUUUCCUCUCCGGUCGGCUGUUCCAGCGGCUCCAUCGUCUGCAGGAGCUGGACCUGUCCUUCAACCAGAUCAGCUCGCUCUCCACUGAGCUUUUCCAGAACAACUCUGAGCUCAGAGUGCUGUCGCUGCAGGCCAACAAGAUCCCAAACCUGCCGGACGGCAUCUUCACACAUCUGGAUCACCUGCAGGAGCUGAACCUGCGGAGCAACCUCAUCCGGGUGCUGACCCCCGGGUCCUUCCCAGCAUCAUUGAAGACACUAAUCCUCAAGAAGAACUUGCUGGAGAAGCUGACCAAUGCUGUCUUUCACACACUACACUACAUCACUUAUCUGGACCUAUCUCAGAAUUCACUCACUGAAGUCCCGGCGGAUCUCUUCCAGAAUCUGAUCUCACUGGAAACACUCGAUCUGUCUGAGAACCGGAUUUCCACGCUGGCCGGAUCUGUCUUUAAAGGGUUGUUCAGUAUUAAAUCUGUGUAUCUGCAGAAGAACAGUCUGAUUUCUGUGGAUGCGCAUCUCCUGAAGGACCAGCACGACCUGCAGCUGCUCGACCUGUCCAACAACAGCUUACGGAGCAUCCCGAGCGGCUUCUUUGAGGAUCUGGACUUCCAGUGUGUGUUUGAGCUGCGCGGGAACCCCUGGAGCUGUGACUGUGGGAUACACUACUUCUAUGACUGGCUGAAGUACAACCACAAACACGUGAAGGAUCUGUCCAGGGUCUCCUGUGAAGCUCCUGAGUUAAUCCAAGGACACAAUCUGAGGUCUGUGGAUAGGGAGCAGCUGGUCUGCUCCAGAAACUCCAGCUCAAACUCUCCAGAGAUGAUCUCUGUUGAUGAAGGGUCGAUCCAAUGCUCAGUGCAGGAACUUAAAGGCACGGCAUCUAUCGAGUGCAAGGUCACGAAGUGCACCAAUGUGAAGUUUCAGGCUGCUUUUCAGUUUGCGAAUGGAAAUGAAUCGGGAAGAGUUGUGGGUAAGGAAUGGCCAGCACCCAUAGGAUGCUCCACCGGGACCGCUUAGUGCUUUCAUUGAACAGUCAAACUGUUUAGAGCCCUUAAUCAGCUUCCGCUUUAGCUGUGCAGACGUGUGAUUCCAUUUGUUUAACCAGGUUUUACCAUAAAUACCAUGGCUGCUGUUGCAUAGUCGACCAUGGGAACCACAAAUGGACUAUGGGCAAAUCUAUCUAUAGUUUCACCAUGGCGAUUCUAGUAAAACUGUGGUUAUACAAUUGGAAGUCAAUGCAACAAACACAUGGUUAUUAUAAUUUUACAAUCACAAAGCCGAGGUUUAUUUCUGUAAGGGACUACUCAUGAAAUGAACAUUAUACAUCUACAAAUGAACCUUUAUUGCAGCACUAUUGCACGCUGUGUUGGGGAAGUCCAUGUCCUGCGGUACUCCUGCAGCAGUGUACUACUCAUUCACUUGUUUAGGAAAAGAAUGAGUUAUGCUCCUCUUGCAUUACGUGUUGGUGUCAUCUUCUAUUUCUGACAGAUGUCAGGCUCUUUUACUCCAGAAUGAGUGAAAUGUGAAGUAAAUACUCAAACAAACCUUUCUGGAUCACCUGAGGAUCAGGAUGCAAGAAAACACACACUCAGAAAUGCUUGCAUUCAAAGUUUUCAUUCACUUUAAAGCUUUGUGAAUGUGCAGUCAGACGAGUAAAUACAUGAUCAUAUUGAGCAGAACUGUACAGCACGCCUCAUAUUUCCACACAGCAAUCACAUCCGCAUCUCUCUCAACACAAGACCAUCAGUCAAUAAAUGAAUAAAUAAAG